AUGGCCGAUACCUCGCAGUCGUACCCGCUCUCGCAGCUACAGCUACUCGCGCGAUCGAAGCUACAGCCGCGACAGGAGCCGCUCGCGAACCAGAACCCGCAGUCCGAGUCCUCGGAUGAGAUUGUUGUCGAGCGCCUGACUAAAAACGUCAACGAAGACCAUCUAUACGAAAUCUUUGGGCAGUACGGCGAGAUUGAAGAUCUGGAUCUCCCGAUUGGCCGAACAACCGGUCUCAACCGUGGCACCGCAUACAUCCUCUACUUCAACGAGGACGACGCCCAGUCGGCCAUCACUCACAUGCACGAGGCUCAACUCGACGGCGCCGUAAUCAAUGUGUCGAUCGUCCUCCCCCGCCGCAAGGUCUCGCCUCCUCCCCCGGUAGCCCGCCGUGGACCCCGCGGCCCGCCGGCGAACGUCAGGUCUGUGCUCAGCGCCUCAGGCGGCGGCGGCGCUCCUGCUGGCGGUCGUGGCUGGAGAUCCCCCGCUGCGGGUGGUGGCUCGGGUCGCCACGGCCACCGCUCCGGCGACGUCUACCGCCCUCGGUCUGUGUCGCGCUCUCGAUCACCGGCGCCCAGCCGCGGAUCCCGGAGGUACCGGUCUCGGUCGGCAUCAUACACGUCUCGGUCUCCGUCACGGACGCCGCCGCCUGGCCGCGCCGGCGGUCGCGCCCGCAGGGGUAGCCGCAGCUACGGCAGGCGGAGAAGCCCUAGCCGUGAUAGCUACGACAGCUAUGAUAGGCGCAGCCGAAGCCGCAGUCACAGCCGGGACAGGAGAUAG